AAAAAUUAUAAUGGAAUGAAAACAAGUAUCAACUAACUCUGUUUAUCAAUCAAUGUUCUGUCAGUGAUUUAAACUGUCUUUCGUUAGUAUAUAUUUUAAGUUACUUUCAAAAAAUGAAAAAAUACAACUCAUUUUUGAACCUGUUAAGGUUUUUGUUAGUCAUUUUAACUACUUUGGUGAGGUUAGGUUCAGGAGGACCGGAAGAAAACGAAGGUGUAAAAUAUGCCAAUAAAUGUGAAGUCUGCAAGAUUGUGUCACAUGAGCUCCAGGCUCGGUUGGAAGAGACAGGGAAAGUGCAGGAGGUUCUGGAGAUCGGCUAUUCUUUGGAUGACGUAAAACCUAAGAAAAAGACACAGUACAAAAAAUCGGAACUGAGACUGGUGGAGUCCUUGGAGAAUAUUUGUGACAAGAUCCUGGAAUAUAAUAUCCAUAAAGAGAGGGAAGAUAGCACAAGAUUUGCCAGAGGAAUGAGUCAAACGUUCAAGACGCUUCAUGGAUUGGUGUAA